AUGGCAUCUCAAGAUUCCAUAAUAGCAUCUCAACAACCUGUAAAGCCAUCUCAAGAACCCAAAAUAACCUCUCCAGAACCAAAAGUGAUCCCUCAAGAACCCAAAUUAACAUCUUCAGAACCAAAAAUGAUCUCUCAAGAGCCAAAAUUAACAUCUUCAGAACCAAAAAUGAUCUCUCAAGAGCCAAAAUUAGCAUCUUCAAAACCAAAGAUGAUAUCUCAAGCGUCCAAUACGUCCUCCCAAGAAACCUUAACCACCAGCUCAAGCAGUUUAUCAUCCAAAUUCUCAAAUCGGGUGGUUUUGAAAACCAUUUUAGAGCAAAGUGACGGAGUGCUGGGAUUGGUGGGUAAGAGAGUUGUGGUUGGUGGUUGGGUGAAGUCUUCCAGAGAGGUGAAGGAAGAGCCUGUGCCGGCACCACAACCACAGACUAAUGCUAGGCCUAAUGUGUCUCCAGGGCCCAAGAAUGUGAGCUGUGUGGAGCUUUUUCAGUCUCGAAUACCUAUAUUUAGGUCAAUAAUAAAGAUUUUGGGUGGUGGAAGCGGAGGGGGUGGUAGCAAUUACCCGGCUCUUGAGAAGGUGGAGGAACCAGCAAAUAUUCCUAGGCCACCUCCACCGUCAAUUGCUUACUUGCUUGUCAGCGAUGGCUCUUCUGUCGCAAGUCUUCAGGUUGUGGUGGGCUCCUCUAUACCUGCUCCCAGCCAGCUGCUGCCUAUUGGAACUUGUAUAUUAGCUGAAGGUGUACUAAAGCAGCCAUCAAUGCCGGGGAAACAUAGAAUUGAGCUUGAAGUAGAGAGAAUCCUUCAUAUAGGGACAGUGGAUCAAGAAAGGUAUCCUUUAUCAAAGAAACGAUUACCAUUGGAGAUUUUGAGAGACUUUUCCCAUUUCCGGCCUCGAACAACAACGGUGGCAUCUGUUAUGAGAAUCCGCAGUGCCCUAACUUUUGCAACUCAGACAUUCUUCCACAACAAUGGGUUUCUCGAUGUGCAAGUGCCCAUUAUCACAACCACAGAUGGAGAAGGGUUUAGUGAAAAGUUUCAGGUCACGACUCUUUUGGGUAAAGAAGGUAAAAAGGAGGCGGCAAAAGCAUCUGAUGACAUAGAAGGUGUUAGCCUUGAAGUUGUUAAGGCUGCUAUAAGAGAGAAAAGCAAUCUAGUUGAAGAACUGAAGAGAAGUGAAAGCAAUAGGGAAGCCCUGGUUUCUGCAAUUCAGGAUUUGCGUAAAACGAAUCAAUUAGUAUCGCAAUUAGAAGCAAAAGAAAAACUGAAAUCAGGACCUUCAAUGAAGGUAUAUAAAGAUUUCUUCUCUCAACAAACUUACCUAUCUGUGUCUGGUCUCCUCCAUCUGGAAAGCUAUGCUUGUGCACUUGGAAAUGUUUUCUCGUUUGGACCCAGAUUUCGAGCAGAUAGAAAGGAAACUGCAAAGCGUAUAGCAGAAAUGUGGAUGGUUGAGGUUCAAAUGGCUUUUUCACAAUUAGAGGAUGCAAUGAAUUAUGCAGAUAACUAUUUCAAGUUCCUCUGCAAAUGGAUUUUGGAAAACUGUUCAGAAGACAUGAAAUUUGGUUCUAACCGUAUUGACAAUACUAGCAUCAAUCGUCUUCAAUCAACGAUGUCAUGUUCAAUUGGAAAGAUCUCCUACAUGGAAGCAGUAGAUAUUUUGAAGAAGGCUACAGGUAUCAGAUUCGCCAUAAAAGAUGAAUGGGGCUUUGCUUUAACAGCAGAACAUCUAAGUUAUUUGGCUGACGACUACUAUAAGAGGCCUGUAAUUAUAUACGAUUAUCCAAAAGAAAUUAAGCCGUUUUAUGUACGGCUGAAUGAUGAUGGAAAGACAGUCGCUGCAUUUGAUAUGGUUGUUCCAAAGGUUGGAACAAUCAUUACAGGUGGCCAAAGCGAGGAACGCUUUGAUAUGCUAAGCGCAAGGAUUGAUGAAUUGGGCUUGCCAAGAGAGCAGUACGAAUGGUACUUAGAUCUUCGCAGGCAUGGAACAGUCGAGCAUUCUGGAUUCAGUGUAGGGUUUGAUCUUAUGGUUCUGUUCACUACUGGCCUCUAUGAUGUUAGAGAUGUGAUCCCUUUUCCAAGGAGCUAUGGAAAAGCCAACAACUAA